AUGACUCGAUAUUUACAUCUUAUUGUCAAUUCACGAGAUUCGUGGCAUUCGAUUGUGUUUCUUCAGGACCAAGCCAAGAAAGAGCUUUUGUUUUAGAGAGACAAUUUGAGAAAUUUAAAUGGUGCUUCAUUUUGGUCUACCCCAUUCGUUCCUUCCAAGAUUGUCUUCUCCGACGCUUCUUCCACGGGAUGUCCAGCCUAUAUUCAAAGUUCUUCCUUACUUUUUCACAGGAAUUGGUCUGCAACUGAGUCGCUAAAGUCUUCUACUUGGAGGGAACUACAACCCCGGACAAAACUGUUGAGACAAUUCCAUCUAUUUUCUAACUUUUGCGCCCUACUCCCGUCUCCCCUAAACACAAAAAGUAAACCCCCUCCCCACCCCCUAUUCCAAGUUGCCUUGGUCUAAAAACCAACGUGUAUAAUUGCCAUGCUAUCCUAAACAACUUUGGAUAAGGGGAUGGGGGAAAUCGGGCAUUCAUUUGGCGGCGGUUUCAGUUUUUGCCGGGAUGACAGGAAAAAAUAGGCAUUUUCGCGAUUUCUCUCAACAGGUUUUGUCCGGGGUUGUCUGCGGACUGUUUUCGGUAUUCUUUAACUUUCAUAGCAAUUACCUCAAGUUAUAGUCCUCUCUUUUGGUGAAAUUGAUAAAAGCCAUUGUUUCAGCAUACCUUUUUUUUUUCUUUUGAAUGCGAAAUAAAAUUUUUACAGUAAAAAUUGAAGUUAUAACACUCUGAUUACAUGAUCUGUCAAAUGACAUUUACUCUGUGACGUUACCAUGGGCAUGACUUUCAACGGCUUACGUGUCCGUAGACGCUUUGCCUGCUCAAAUGAUGACAUUGAUAUGUAAUCGCCAGACAAAAUGGAUCUCUCGAGAACUUCCGAUAGUGACGAGUCCUUUUCAGGAGGCUCGGAAAUAUCGCAUGAAUCACUAGGUGAGAGGAAGGUUAGUGCGCUUAUCUGGUCACUUACAGUCACGCGAAUUUGGCUCAUUUUUCCAUCCCGCGAGUAAUUUGCCUUAGCAGUGAUUACGUCGUUCGCCAAGUGUAGUGCAAAGAUCAUACACUUAAUAGGACAACAUUGCCUCAGUUACAGCAAAUGUGGAAUUGUGUACGAACGGGAAUGUGGUAUGAUGGAUCUCUCAUUUCUCCACGCAGAUCCCGCGGGAACAAUAACGGGAAAUCCCUUGAUGUGUAAGGUGCUUCGAUGAGCUUGCUAUGCAACAAAAACGGAGUAGUUUUUCUCGCAGACGGUUAACUUAACGAGUAAAGUACCGCAGAGGAAAGAAACAUCGGUUAACGACGGUUAACAACGGUUAACAACUUUUCUGAAGAAAAACAACAGUUAGACUAUCAGUUUCCUUUAAUAUAUUCUGUUAACCGUUGUUAACCGUCGGAAUAAACAUGUGCGUGCUUGUUAAUCGUUUAUUUCAAGCGUUUACGGUGCUUUCAAGCAUUUUCCGUAGUAUAUAGAACCUUUUUGUUGAUUUUCAAGCAUUAAAAAGACCUUUUUACUUAAAGGAAAACUUUUUGACACUGGUGUAAUUGUCAUGAAGUGCGCUGUUUUUUGCCACAAAAGAACUGCCAUCGUGUGACAACAUGUUUUCGCUGUAUUUGUGAUCAAAGAGGCAUUGCUUUCCCUACACAUCCUAUUUCUACCCAUUUUGGAAGUUCUUCAUUAAUAUUUGUUCUUUUGGCCUUGGUUGUCAUAGAAGAAUUAACGGUUUUAUGGGCAUGGAUUCCAUUAUUUUGUCAAGUAGAUAAUCUGGUAUAUAUGUUGUAAAUUGUUCUAAUUACCAACUCAGUAAACGCGGGUAUUGUUAACUCGGUGAAGCUUACUUUUCCAGUUCUACUUUAACUACAUGGAGAAAGUUGUCACUGCAACUAAGUAUCACUACCUCUAAGGGUUAUUUUUAACUGCUCCGCCGCAUUCUUGAGUCCUCGUGCAUGACCUGCACACCACGCACUAUUAUUUUUGAACAGGACAGUUGUGCUGCGCAAAUAUAAUAAAUUCCCAGUCUUAUCUAAUUUAUUCGACAUGUAAGCACAAUUAACGUUGGUAAAAAGGCCGGAGGUAAGGCUCCUAUUAAGAUAUCAUAUUUGUGACACACAGUAACUCCUUAACCGUGGCCACCAACCACAAUUAAUUUCAAUACUUUUUCUGUAAAGAGCAUGAUUUCUUUCUCAUUUAGGUAUAAGGUUUCUAAUUUAUGGCUAAAUUUCUAAGUGCAUAAUUAAUGCGUCCUAAUUGUUUUUAUGACACCUUCUUUCGUAGUCACAAAGCUUUAGACAAGUACAACAUCUGUGCAAAAAAUCAAUACCCUCCGACCUUACAUCGCGAAGUUACAGCGAUUUGAACAACUGGCCUUCACAGACAACCCCGGACAAAACUGUUGAGACAAUUCCAUCUAUUUUCUAACUUUUGCGCCCUACUCCCGUCUCCCGUAAACACAAAAAGUAAACCCCCUCCCCACCCCCUAUUCAAAGUUGCCUUGGUCUAAAAACCAACGUGUAUAAUUGCCAUGCUAUCCUAAACAACUUUGGAUAGCUGUCAUGGCGGCUGGACCGACCUGGGCGAGCUCGCUACAAUUUCUAGUACUCCUGCUUGGAACAGCAGUUUUAAUCCAAGAGAGUAUAAGUGGCGACGUUUUAGGGUCUUACCAGGCUACAAGCGUCUCAAAGACGUUUAUUGCACCUGAAUUCGUCUCAUAUUUGACAAACCACAGAAGAUUUAAACCUCGUGCUAAACGAUUUACUUCACGGAGGGUCCCACACACGGUCAAAGGAAUAAGCAGCUUCAAUCUGGAAAGGGAUGUGCUUCUUUGCGGGGACGUGGCCAUAAAUCCUGGCCCGAAAGGGAAGAAGUCUAUGUUGAAAAACCCAUGCAGUGAAUGCCACAAAGCAGUUAGAAACAACCAAAACGCCAUCUUGUGUGCCACAUGUGGAAACUGGUCACACGCUAAAUGCCUCAAUAUGUCUCGGACUAUUUUCCAGUACUACUUAGACCAGCCUGAUAUUGAUUGGACCUGUCCAGCUUGUGCUCUACCGCCACUAACGGACUCCUUCUUUGAAGAAGUUUCUGAAGGUGAUACACUAAUUCCAGCCGAGGAGUAUCAAGCGGAAACAACUCAAAAUACGGCCUUCGAGCAGUUUCUUUACAGAGAUGUCACAGAAAUUACUUCUGAAAACGAUCAGCUAGAACUCUUUAGGAAACAUCACAAUAAGGAUUUCUUAAUUGCCCACUUGAACAUUAACAGCAUCCAAAAUAAAUUUGAAGAACUGACCGAAGUAAUCAAGAAAAUCAACGCCCACAUAAUGUUCGUAAGUGAGACCAAGAUCGACGCGAGCUAUCCCAACGCUCAGUUCAAAGUUCCGAACUACUCCCUCUACCGAAAUGAUAGGAAAAAGGGCGGCGGUGGAAUUAUGGCUUUAAUAUCUCAAUCGCUAGUCAGGACACAGCUUAAACCUGAUAAAUCCUUUAAGACACUGGAAAUAAUUGCCUUCGAAAUCAAAACAGAUAUGGACAAUAUGGUAAUUGUUGGUAUUUAUCGUCCCCCGAGAGCUCUGUGUGGCGAAUAUCAAACACUGUUGGAAAGCGAACUCAGUUAUGUCUGUAACUGGGCAAGCUUGAACGGAAAUUUUGUUGUAGUUACUGGCGACCUAAAUCUGAACAGACUUCGCCCUGACAAACCUGAAGGUAAACUGCUUCUCGAUUUGGAAGUUGAACAAGGUUUUGAAUGUCUAAUUACUAAGCCAACAAGAAUAGAAAAGCGUGGAAUAAUUAUAACAGAGAGUUUAAUAGAUGUUUUGCUCACUAAUAGACCGGAUAGCUUCCACCUAUCUGGUAAUUACCAUCCUUGCUUAAGUGAUCACGACCUUGUUUACGGUGUCCUGAAGCAGAAAAUAAAUCACAACAAACCAAAGGUCAUCACAUUUAGGAGCUAUAAGAACUUUGACCCUGAACAUUAUAAACAGCUUUUGUCCUCUGCCCCAUGGCACGUUGGACAAUUGUUUGAUGACGUCGACGAUCAAGUUUACGUGUGGAAUGCACUUAUGAACAAUAUACUGGACGAAGUGGCAUCUGUGAAAAAAAUGCGUGUGCGUGAUAAAGAUGUGCCCUACAUGACGUCUCAUUGGAAAAGUGCGAUUAGAGCUAAACGCAAAGCAAAUGACAAGUACUUGAAAGACAAAACGCCAGAAAAUUGGGAAUUACGUCGUAAAGCCAGAAACGAGGCCACUAAACAAAGAAGAAUCGCCAUCAAACAGUACUGGUAUAAUAAGUCAAACGAUUUGAAAAUCAAUCCCAAGGCGUUCUUCAAAACUUUCAAGCCAUUUUUGGGCUCUAAGAGCUGUACUGAAAGAAACGACAUCCACUUAAAAAUAAACGGCAGUAUGAUAACGAAUCAACAACAAGUGGCUGAGGAAUUGGUUGAGCAUUUUGCUACCUUGGCGGAUGGCAUUGGCGGUACAGCGAUUGAAAGAAAGUCAAUAGAGGACUUUAGAGACCAUCCUUGUGUUCAGAGGAUACAACAUGAAAAUAGGAAUUCCACUCAGACCAUCGAAAUCGAAUUGGUUACACAGGGACAAGUCCUUGCAGUUCUCGAUUCGCUGAACAUAAACAAAGCCACCGGCACUGAUGGAAUUCCUUCAAAGGCUUUAAAAACAGGUGCUAAUGAAUUAUCCGCUCCACUAACCACCUUGUUCAAUUCUUGUAUUAACAAGAAUGCAUGGCCUAGUGAAUGGAAGUAUGGGCAUUGGGCCCCAGUAUACAAAAAGGAUGACAGGAAUGCAAAGGAAAACUACCGGCCCAUAACUCUCUUACCAUGUGUAAGUAAAGUUCUUGAGAAGUUGGUUGGAGCGCAGAUCAACUCUGGCUUUGGUAAUCGCAUUUACCAACACUCAUCCGCUUAUCGCAAAGCUCACAGCUGCGAAACAACAUUGAUCAAUUUAGUAGAAGAUUGGAGACUGGCGAGGGAUCGAAAACAGGUUGUGAGCAUACUUUCAACUG